AGGGCCGCACGAUUUUGAAUCGCUUGAAGCGCAAAAAUGUCAAACUUUCGGAACACGAGGCACUCAUGGCAAGCGAUAUCAUUGAUCCAGAAGAUAUUGACGAAGACUUUUCUGCUGUUGGCGGCCUGCAGCAAACCAUCGACAUUCUUCGUAAUGAGGUCGUCCUUGCGCUUUCACCCAGUAGUGUCUACGGGGCCUCCAAGCUGCUCAAGCCUCCAAAGGGCUUGCUUUUGUUUGGACCUCCCGGCUGUGGCAAGACGAUGCUGGCGCGUGCCUUAGCCAAGGAAUGCGAUUGCUGCUUCAUCAACCUCCGCCCCUCCUCUUUUAUGGACAAGUACUACGGCGAGAGCACCAAGCUGGUGGAGGCCGUGUUCUCCUUGGCCCGCAAGCUGGCUCCAACCAUUAUCUUUAUCGAUGAGAUUGAUUCCUUCCUCAACUCCCGCAGCAGCAUGGACCACGAGUCAUCUGCUGUGAUCAAAGCCCAGUUUAUGACCUUGUGGGAUGGCUUUGUACAAGACCCAACCGCCCAAGUGGUGGUGGUGGGCGCCACCAACCGACCUACAGAUGUGGACCGUGCCAUCUUGCGUCGGCUAUCUCGUACUUGCCACAUCGGCCACCCAGAUGAGCGUCAGCGCCACCAGAUCCUGCAAGUCAUUCUGCGCGACGAGUUGCAGCACCGCGAUCUGGACCUUCGUCGACUGGGCGCAGAGACCGGCGGCUACUCGGGCAAUGACCUCCGCGAGCUUUGUCGCCUUGCUGCCACUCAUGCCCUGCAGGCUGCACAGUCGCGCACGGUACGCUUACGCUUGCACGCCUUCUUUUGCUUUACUUUUGCUCUGAGGCUCUACCUGCCCUUGUCAUGCCAUACUCAUGGUGGUGUGCCUUCAGACGACGCCCUUGCAGAAGCUACCUGCGUUGCGUAUGGCCGACUUUCAAGCAGCCCGCCGCGCGGUUGA